AUGAGGUCUCCUUCUCUUGCACGGUUGCAGUACCGUGCGGUGUCUGGCCUGGCCAGAUCCUCUCGUUUCCAGUCUCAGGGCCUUCUGCAGUCGCGAUGCGCAUCUACGGCCGCUUUGCGGUCUUCCGGUGUCGCGCCGGCUUAUCAGUCGGUUUUGAAGACAUGGGAGCAACGACGCAAUGCCUCCGCUACUGCGUCUGCGGUUCUUGAGGCCGCCGCCGCCAGCCCGGACACCCUGUCGCAAGCCGCUAUUAUCGACAACCUCGACCCCGUGGAGGCGGCUCGUUUGGAUAAAGUUCGCAACAUUGGUAUUGCGGCCCAUAUCGACAGUGGUAAGACCACUUGUACCGAGCGUGUCCUUUUCUACACCGGUCGUAUCAAGGCCAUUCACGAGGUCCGUGGACGUGACAGUGUCGGCGCCAAGAUGGACUCAAUGGAUUUGGAGCGUGAGAAGGGUAUCACUAUCCAGUCUGCUGCCACCUUCUGUGACUGGGUCAAGAAGGACAAGGAGGGACAGGAUCAGAAGUACCACAUUAACUUGAUUGAUACCCCCGGUCACAUUGAUUUCACCAUCGAGGUCGAGAGAGCGCUGCGCGUUCUGGAUGGAGCUGUCAUGAUUCUGUGUGCCGUAUCUGGUGUCCAGUCUCAGACCAUCACCGUUGACCGUCAGAUGCGUCGUUACAAUGUCCCUCGUAUUUCCUUCGUUAACAAGAUGGACCGUAUGGGUGCCAACCCCUUCAAGGCGGUUGACCAGAUCAACUCUAAGCUCAAGAUUCCCGCCGCUGCCGUCCAGGUCCCCAUUGGUGCUGAGGACGAAUUUGAGGGUGUUGUGGAUCUGAUCCGCAUGAAGGCUAUCUACAAUGUUGGUGAGAGCGGAGAGACCCUCAAGGAGACCGAUGAAAUUCCCGACAAGGUCAAGGAUAUCGCCAAUGAGCGAAGAGCCAUGCUCAUUGAGACUCUUGCUGAUGUCGACGACGAGAUGGCCGAGCUCUUCCUCGAUGAGAUUGAGCCCAACGAGGAUCAGAUCCGCGCUGCUAUCCGUCGCGCCACUAUUGGUCUUAAGUUCACUCCUGUCUUCAUGGGUUCUGCCCUUGCCAACAAGUCCGUCCAGCCCAUGCUGGAUGGUGUUAUUGACUUCCUCCCCAACCCCGCUGAAGUGGAGAACCUUGCCCUUGACCAGAAGCGCAAUGAGGCUUCCGUCAAGCUUGUUCCCUACAACUCCCUUCCCUUCGUCGGUCUGGCCUUCAAGCUGGAAGAGAGCAACUUCGGUCAGUUGACCUACAUUCGUGUCUACCAGGGUACUCUCCGCAAGAGCGCCAACGUGUUCAACGCCCGCAACAACAAGAAGGUCAAGAUUCCCCGUAUUGUGCGUAUGCACUCUAACGAGAUGGAGGAGGUCAACGAGAUUGGUGCUGGUGAGAUCUGUGCUGUGUUCGGUGUUGAAUGUGCCUCCGGUGACACCUUCACUGAUGGACAGCUCGGCUACAGCAUGUCUUCCAUGUUCGUUCCUGAGCCCGUCAUCUCUCUUUCCAUCAAGCCCAAGCAGAGUAAGGAUGCUGCCAACUUCUCCAAGGCCAUGGCCCGUUUCCAGAGAGAGGACCCUACUUUCCGGGUGACUUACGACAACGAGAGUGAACAGACCAUCAUCUCCGGAAUGGGUGAGCUUCACUUGGACAUCUACGUUGAGCGUAUGCGUCGUGAGUACCGCGUUGACUGCGAGACCGGUCAGCCUCAGGUCGCCUACCGUGAGACCAUUGGUCACCGUGUUGAGUUCGACCACCUGCUCAAGAAGCAGACUGGUGGUGCUGGUGACUACGCCCGUGUUAUGGGAUGGAUGGAGCCCACUGGUACUCUCGAGGAGAACAAGUUCGAGCAGCAGAUUGUCGGUGGUAGCAUUUCUGAGAAGUUCCUGUACGCUUGUGAGAAGGGUUUCAACCUUUCUGCCGAGAAGGGUCCUCUCGUUGGCCACAAGGUUCUUGGUACCCGCAUGGUCAUCAACGACGGUGCUACUCACAUGACUGAUUCCUCCGAAAUGGCCUUCAAGAACGCCACCCAACAGGCCUUCCGUAAGGCUUUCAUGGACAGUCAGCCCGCUAUUCUGGAGCCUUUGAUGAAGACCGUGGUGACCGCCCCGUCCGAGUUCCAGGGUGAUGUUAUUGCCCUGCUGAACAAGCGUGGUGCCACCAUCAACGACACUGAGACCGGUGUUGACGAGUUCACCAUCUACGCUGAUUGCAGUCUGAACGGCAUGUUCGGCUUCAGCUCCAACCUCCGCGCCGCCACCCAGGGUAAGGGUGAAUACCAAAUGGAGUUCAGCCACUACGAGAAGGCUCCUCCGCAGGUGCAGAAGGAGCUUAUUGCCAAGUAUAUCAAGGCCCAGGCCGACCGAAACAAGAAAUAA